AUGUCACGUCUCUACAGCAAGGGCCGGAUUAUGGGCCACAAGCGUGGCAAGCGCAACUCGAGGCCUCACACCACCCUCGUCAAGAUCGACGGUGUCGAGAACCAGAAGGACGCACAGUUCUACCUCGGAAAGCGCAUUGCAUACGUUUACCGGGCACAGAAGGAGAAGCGGGGAACCAAGGUUCGCGUUAUUUGGGGGCGAGUUACUCGGCCGCACGGCAACAGCGGUGUCGUUCGCAGCAAAUUCGCACACAACAUCCCGCCGAGGGCCUUCGGUGCCGGCGUCAGGAUCAUGCUCUACCCAUCGACCAACUAUGGCAACACAUCGCAGCAUGCAUUCCUUGUACAAUGA